CACCCAGUUGACCACGUGAAAAUGGAUGGAAGCCCUCAAUGGCGCUGCCCAUACAAGUUCGGCCUUUUGGCCACUAGAGGCCUCUAUCAUUCUUCAUGAUCCCAUGCGCUCUCUAAUGCUGCAUCGUGCCUGUAUUGCUUACUGUCGAGUCGGUUCAAUUGUAAAGUCAAGAUGGCUUCUCGUUUGAAGGUCCUCAGAGUGUUCAAAGCACUGCACAGAACAAGAAUGGAGUUGUUCAAAGAAGAUACCAGAGCAUUGACAGCUGCAAGACGAAAGAUAAAUGAGGAAUUCAGGAAAAACAAAAAUGAGACUUCGGAGGAAAACAUCAGUCAGAUGAUUAAAAUGGCCGCUGGUGUGGAAGUGUUUCUUCGCCAAGAUGUCGUACAAGCCGAGCAUGUAGCUGAAGAUAGGAUUCAACUCCGACCUAGAGAGAGCCUUCUUCUGGAAAACGUACCGUACUGCGACACACCUAGGAAAAGGUCUUCUUCCAACAAUGCACCAAAACAAAGUUGUAACGAUGCACCAAUUACACGAUGUGAAUGACCAACAAUAACAGCUGAAGACUUUAUUUCUUACUCCUCUGGAAGAAUUGUAGUGUAUUUUGAGACAUCAAUUAUAGAACAUACAGUAUGUAAUUUUAUGGUGUGUGUGUGUUAAGAGUUUGUCAUACAAAUGUGGAAGCUGUAGAUUUGGCUUUGAAAGGUCAAAGGUGAAAUUCCUUGUAAAUUCAAUGCAUAUUAUUUUGUUUGCUGCUAUGUUGAUUUAUUGUUGAAUGAAUGACUGUUAUGCCAUAA